AGGACACUUACAAAAGAAAAACCAUAUUCUUGUGAAAUUUGUAAAAUGUCAUUUACUGAGAGUGCGAGUUUGAAAAUUCAUAUGAGGACACUUACGAAAGAAAAGCCAUAUUCUUGUGAGAUUUGUAAAAAGGCAUUUUCUCAUUGUGGCCAUUUCAAAAUCCAUUUGAGGACACAUACAAAAGAAAAGCCAUAUUCUUGUGAAAUUUGUAAAAAGGCAUUUUCUCAAAGUAGUCAAAUCAAAAUCCAUUUGAGGACACAUACAAAAGAAAAACCAUAUUCUUGUAAAAUUUGUAAAAAGGCAUUUUCUCAGCGUGGACAUUUGAAAAUCCAUUUGAGGACACAUACAAAAGAAAAACCAUAUUCUUGUGAAAUUUGUAAAAAGGCAUUUUCUCGAAGUGGUCAAAUCAAAAUCCAUUUGAGGACACAUACAAAAGAAAAACCAUAUUCUUGUGAAAUUUGUAAAAAGACAAAAGAAAAACCAUAUUCUUGUGAAAUUUGUAAAAUGUCAUUUUCUGAGAGUGGGAGUUUGAAAAGUCAUAUGAGGACACAUACGAAAGAAAAACCAUAUUCUUGUGAAAUUUGUAAAAAGGCAUUUUCUCAUUGUGGCCAUUUCAAAAUCCAUUUGAGGACACAUACAAAAGAAAAGCCAUAUUCUUGUGAAAUUUGUAAAAAGGCAUUUUCUCAAAGUAGUCAAAUCAAAAUCCAUUUGAGGACACAUACAAAAGAAAAACCAUAUUCUUGUAAAAUUUGUAAAAAGGCAUUUUCUCAGCGUGGACAUUUGAAAAUCCAUUUGAGGACACAUACAAAAGAAAAACCAUAUUCUUGUGAAAUUUGUAAAAAGGCAUUUUCUCGAAGUGGUCAAAUCAAAAUCCAUUUGAGGACACAUACAAAAGAAAAACCAUAUUCUUGUGAAAUUUGUAAAAAGGCAUUUUCUCAAAGUGGACAGUUCAAAAUCCAUUUGAGGACACAUACAAAAGAAAAGCCAUAUUGGAAGACACAUACAAAAGAAAAACCAUAUUCUUGUGAAAUUUGUAAAAAGGCAUUUUCUCAAAGUGGACAAUUAAAAAUCCAUUUGAGGACACAUACAAAAGAAAAACCAUAUUCUUGUGAAAUUUGUAAAAAGUCUUUUUCUGUUAGUGGAAAUUUAAAAAUCCAUUUGAGGACACAUACAAAAGAAAAACCAUAUUCUUGUGAAAUUUGUAAAAUGUCAUUUUCUGAGAGUGGGAGUUUGAAAAUUCAUAUGAGGACACAUACGAAAGAAAAACCAUAUUCUUGUGAAAUUUGUAAAAAGGCAUUUUCUCAGCGUGGAUAUUUCAAAAUCCAUUUGAGGACACAUACAAAAGAAAAACCAUAUUCUUGUGAAAUUUGUAAAAAAACAUUUUCUCAAAGUGGACAAUUCAAAAUCCAUUUGAGGAUACAUACAAAAGAAAAACCAUAUUCUUGUGAAAUUUGUAAAAAGGCAUUUUCUCAAAGUGGACAAUUCAAAAUCCAUUUGAGGACACAUACAAAAGAAAAACCAUAUUCUUGUGAAAUUUGUAAAAAGUCUUUUUCUUCUUUUUCUGUUAGUGGAAAUUUCAAAAUCCAUUUGAGGACACAUACAAAAGAAAAACCAUAUUCUUGUGAAAUUUGUAAAAUGUCAUUUUCUGAGAGUGGGAGUUUGAAAAGUCAUAUGCGGACACAUACGAAAGAAAAACCAUAUUCUUGUGAAAUUUGUAAAAAGGCAUUUUCUCAUUGUGGCCAUUUCAAAAUCCAUUUGAGGACACAUACAAAAGAAAAGCCAUAUUCUUGUGAAAUUUGUAAAAAGGCAUUUUCUCAAAGUAGUCAAAUCAAAAUCCAUUUGAGGACACUUACAAAAGAAAAACCAUAUUCUUGUAAAAUUUGUAAAAAGGCAUUUUCUCAGCGUGGACAUUUGAAAAUCCAUUUGAGGACACAUACAAAAGAAAAACCAUAUUCUUGUGAAAUUUGUAAAAAGGCAUUUUCUCGAAGUGGUCAAAUCAAAAUCCAUUUGAGGACACAUACAAAAGAAAAACCAUAUUCUUGUGAAAUUUGUAAAAAGGCAUUUUCUCAAAGUGGACAGUUCAAAAUCCAUUUGAGGACACAUACAAAAGAAAAGCCAUAUUCUUGUGAAAUUUGUAAAAUGUCAUUUUCUGAGAGUGGAAGUUUGAAAAAUCAUAUGAGGACACAUACGAAAGAAAAACCAUAUUCUUGUGAAAUUUGUAAAAAGGCAUUUUCUCAGCGUGGACAUUUCAAAAUCCAUUUGAGGACACAUACAAAAGAAAAACCAUAUUCUUGUGAAAUUUGUAAAAAAACAUUUUCUCAAAUUGGACAAUUCAAAAUCCAUUUGAGGACACAUACAAAAGAAAAACCAUAUUCUUGUGAAAUUUGUAAAAAGGCAUUUUCUCAAAGUGGACAAUUAAAAAUCCAUUUGAGGACACAUACAAAAGAAAAACCAUAUUCUUGUGAAAUUUGUAAAAAGUCUUUUUCUGUUAGUGGAAAUUUAAAAAUCCAUUUGAGGACACAUACAAAAGAAAAACCAUAU